UCAAAAUUGGGCGGCAAACGCAAAACAUUCCCCAAUUUAACAAAUUUCCCAAACAUUUUGCAUCUUCAAACACACACAACACUCAUUCCAAUGUCAUCCUCCUCCACCACGCUCUUCAUCGCUCUCCAAUGCAGCCAAUGCUCCACCAUGCAGGUGAAGCAGAAGAAGAAAAGCAGCAACAAAUGGAGUUGCGCGAUCUGCAACCAGAAACAAUCCGUACGCAGAGUCUUCGCCCAGGGAUUAAUGGCCAAGGACCUUCGCAAGUUCGUUCAGGACUUCAACAUGUCCCGCAAAUCCUUCGACGACGGAGAUUCGCCCCUCGCCGGAACCCUAGAUCCGCCGCCGGAACACCACCACGGCGAGGUCGACCGCAAGCAGAAGAGGAGCGAUUGGUCCGCGUACCUCGACCGAGAGGAACAACAACAGGAUCAUAUUGAUGAUGGAGAUGAUUUUGAGCCACUGGUUGUGACUGAGUUGCAGAAAGGUAUGUUCAAGAAACGCAGAGUGGCAGAAGAUUCCACUGCAGGAAGUGACAAGCUUUUCAAAAUGCCUCUUUCCUAUAACGCUCAAGACGAGCCAAUUAUUGAUCAACGCAGAGUUACAUCAUCGACUGAAAUCAAUCCACAUAGAAAUAAUUACAUGACAGCAGAUAAUCAGAGGACUCAAAAAUGCAAAACAAGCAACAACAGGGCAGCCUCCAAAUGGAACAAUUACUUAACUGAGGACAAUGAAAAUUUAGAGCUUGGAUGGAAGAGAGGCUUUGACUUGGACCAAUCAGGUCCAUGAAACAACAGCAUCUUAGAGGCCAUGGCUAGUGAAACAGUAGAAGAUGAUGUUCACCCAGAUUUUGUGUGAAUUGUAUUAUAUCGUAGAUAUAAUAAUUAGAUUACUGAUAGUUGAGUUGCAUAUUUACCAGCGCGGUGACCAAUGGCUAGAAGAACAAAAAAAACACUUCACCAAAUGAAUAUAAACAGUGCCUUACAUAAAAAAUUUCUGAACCUUUUCCGGGUAAAAUUUUGCGUUACUUUAAAAGAAUUUUGUUUUUCUGUAGUUCUUGACAACAAAGAGAGAUUACUGUCGAGAAGAAUACUGUAUAUCUUAUUCAAAAGAUGGUGAUAAGUGCGCAUUGUUAGGGUCACCUGUUUUAGUGCUUGAUGGCACGUGGUUUUAUCUUGAUGA